CCAGUCGUUGAAAGGCCUUUUACUUUCAGCCACAGCUGGAGAAUUCUGAUAACACAACAAUGGAGGAGAAACCGAAAGAACCCAAAAUGCCAAUGACAAGCUUUGCAUCCAUAAACGAAGACCUUGUACAAAACAUAGUAAAGAGACUACCAGCUUCAUCCUUUGCAUCAGCAGCUUGCGUUAGCAAAUCAUGGAAUCAAAUUUGCAAUCAAAUCCUCUCCAAACCAAAGUUCGCCUCUGCUUUUUCUCUCAAUCCAAACGAAAAGGUUGCGUUAGAAGAGGUUGUCAAUAAGGUUCUCUCUGAGCCCAUUAGACCUCAUUUUGCUAUUGCCAAUGUUAUUGGCAGUGGAGUUGAUCUGAGAGAAAAACUUGAUUUUUUGGCAACAAAACUUGGUUCCCAAACUCCAAUUAUUGUGUCUUGUGCAAGUGGAAUCAUGGGAAGAGAUGCUGUUACUGGUGAACAUAGAGAGGUUAUGUUGGAAGAAUAUUGGGCUGAUGGAGAAUCAAUUUCAUGCUUUGGUAUCAUUUUGACUGUGGGGUUUUUACCUGGACUAAAAGUUGAUGUCAUCCCGCUGUUACAACCAAGAAAGGUACAUAGACCGGCUUUGGUUGAUUACUUUGUGAUGAAUAUUAGGGAUUAUGCAGCUUCUGUUUCUGGUUGGGCAUCACCUGCUGGGAUAAUACUGUUUGGAGAUGAAGGUGCUGACCAGAAACCUGUCAUGGAAAAGCUGGAUCAUGCCAUGUCAAGGGAUACUGUCAUUGUUGGUGAUGAGAGAGCUCAAUUCCUGUACCGAAGUGGCGUAGAGUCCCGAAAUGACUAUGGGAGCAGUGAAUAUUUUCCUGCUGCAGUUGCUCUUGUAUUUGCAAGGGAUCGAGACAAGCCUUGUGGCACAGGGGAAAUCCAAUUCCAUGCUGCAUUAUCCUCUGGUGUUUCUGCAAUAGGCCCAAGGUACAAGGCAGUUUCUGUUAGAAAGAUUGGAUCCGAGACAGGUUGUACGACAUUGCUUACUGCCAGAAGAGAAGGGGAACAAGAGAUUCAAGAUGGUCAAAGGAUUCUAGAUGACAUCAACAAUGAGUUGGUGAACCAAAUUGGACGCCCUGACCUGUACAUUGGGGUUACUGAACAAAGAAAAUGCUUUAUUGGGUCAGAGAAGUCAAGAGUGAUGACAUUCCUGGUUUUCCAUGGAGUUAUGGGAGGAGAUCAAGAGUACCUUUUUGCUGAUGGAGUUGGCAUCAGAACUGGUGACUAUUUCCAAUUUUACCAUUCAGAUCCAACUACUGCACUAUCUUCAUGUAAUGAAGUCUCUAAGAAUUUCAGAAAACUGAAGCUAGAUUGGAGUUCUAGAAACUGCCUUCAAGCAGGAGUUUCUGAUAAUGUCUGUAGUAAGGAGCUUGUUGGAGGUUUUGUUUUCUCUUGUUGUGGCCGUGGUGAAUCAUUCUUUGAACGUUGCAAUGUUGAUAGCUCACCAUUUUUGGACAAUUUUCCUGGGGUCCCAAUGGCCGGAGUAUUUUGUCGAGGGGAAAUUGGACGUGGCUUUUCAGUUUUGAAUGCGGAUGAAGGCCCAGAAGAAAGGACUCUGCAUUGCUGCCUGCAUGUAUAUAGCACUGCAUAUCUCUUGGUGUCUUAUACUCCGGCACCUGCAGAGCAUUAGAUAUUUCUUCUUCCAGAUGGAUUACCAGAAGUGACUGCUGUUGUUGGGACUGGGUAGUUAUGCUGCUUGAUUGCAUUUUUAUGUGAAAAAGCCAGGAUAUGAUAUGCAGGUCUUUUUGGUCUUGUUAUUUUAUAACCAUAAGCUAAACGUUUCAUGAAUUAUAUUUUCACUUCAGUAGUCAACCAAAACCACUAGCACUAAUGUUAUCUGGGAAGCCGGGAUGAGCAGUGCACAACCUUGCUUUGUAAUAUCAAGUUAUCAUUUUGUUGCACUAGAUUCAAGGAUGUCUGAUCUUUCCAUACUGCGCCUUGUUCUCUUCUGCAACUUGACAGUUCGUGUAAUAAGCAUCAAAAAAUUGUAUUGCCUUGUGUUUCUUA